AUGAAAAUUAAUGCCGAGUUGGAGUUUCCGCUUCGGGAUGGUAUACCGGCCUUCAACCAUGAUGCUACAGACAGAGAUGACGAGAAUGAUACUGCUGACAACACUAACAAAUCGAACGAAGACGAACCGUAUUAUCUCCUUACUAUGUCUACUCGCCCUACAGCUCAUCGAUCAAUUGACACUGACGACUAUGCUAAUGAAUUGAAUGAAGAUGAACUAUGUUGCCUCCUUACCAUGUCUAUUUAUUCUACGGCUCAUCGAUUAAUUGACACUGACAAUAAUACUAACAAAUUGAAUGAAGAUAAACCGCUUCGCCCUCUUACCACGUCUACUCGCCCUAUGGCUUGUCAAUCAGUUGGCACUGAUGGUUUUCUGUCUCAUGACCUUAGCCCAAUACUUCCGUCUACUGCACCGUCCCGUCUGUCAAGCAAGAAUAAUAGUCCACUCAUCCAACAUGCCGCCAGACGCUCUACCACAGGCUUUACGGCGAUUAAUGCCACUACCAGACAAGCCGCCCUACCAGGUUGGCCCUCGUCACCGGACCCUACUAUCUUAAUCAACAACUUCGCUACCAUGCACGGGACGCUCGAAGACGCAUUCUCGGACCUCAUCAACUACCCCGCAGACAAGCCAGUCAUCGAACCAGUCGUCGAAGAUAUUAACGACGAGAUUGAGCUAGACGGCGAGAUUGACGUCGAACCAGCCGUCAAAGAGACUAGUUAA